AUGUUCGAGCCGGGGCGCGAUUUGGUGGAGACGACGCUCGACGAGCCCGUGCGGGAGACGAUCAUGCGCGACCUGCGCGAGGUCGGCGCGAAGCUCAAGCUCGUGAUCCUGCCGCGCGUGAGCCAGGAGGGCGUCCUGGACCGGCUGAAGGAGUGGGAUCUGUGGGGGCCCCUCGCGGUGUGCCUCGCGCUGUCCAUCGUGUUGAGCGUGUCGGCGCCCGAGGCGCAGCGCGCGCUCGUCUUCGCCGCGGUCUUCGUCGUCGUCUGGGUCGGCGCGGCCAUCGUGACGCUCAACGCCCAGCUGCUGGGCGGGCGCAUCUCCUUCUUCCAGUCCGUGUGCAUCCUGGGGUAUUCCAUCUUCCCGCUGAACGUCGGCGCGCUGCUGUGCCUCGUGCUCCACCCCGUGACCAAGUCGCUGUUGCUGCGCGCGCUGGUCGUGGGCGUCUGCUUCGCGUGGUCGACGCGCGUGAGCGUCGUCUUCUUCGGCGAGAUCAUCGAGGCGAAGCGCCGCGCGCUCGCCAUCUACCCGGUCUUCGGGUUCUACUCGUUCAUCGCGUGGAUGAUCCUCAUCCAGAAGUAG